GUGUGCGUGGCGGCGUGUGGGAGUUGUGAGAGUCGGUGUAAGAGUGAACAGUAGCGGUGGUGAGAUGAAAGAGCAGCGGUGAAGUUGUGGGAAAGACAGCGAAAAAGGACGAGGAAGGAGCGAGAGGUGAUUUCAGCACUGAAUGCUCUCUAUCAUCAUGAUCUCUAGACGCCCGUGGCCCGCCCGGUGGCCUCACCACUAGUGCCCCCUAUCGGCGAGUUGUCGGCGAUCUGCGCGCCAUCUGUGGGCGACCUGAGAAUGUUAGCAUGCUGGCCAGCCCGGAGAACACGGACGACCUGGGCGAGAGCACCCCCAGCGGCUCGGUGGACGGAGACGAGGUGCUGCUGAGGCGGCAGGCCCUGCAUGACAACUUACGGGAUAUAUUUGAUAAGGUGGACCCAGAGGGGUUCGGAGAAGUGCUCGCCGUCGACUUUCUCCGGGCGAUGAGCUCUGCUGAGUUUGUGGAGUGUGUGGACGUGGGCAAACGAGUUCAACUGGCCGACCGGAUCCGCUCUGGGGAGUUGGAGCUGGUCACCUACCAGGAGUUUGUCAACGUGAUGACCGGCUGA